GGUGACGAACAAGGGAGCUGGGCGCGCGAUUGGCUCGAACCCAUGUCCCCCGGAGCUCAGGGAGCCUCGCUGCGCGAAGGCUGAAGGGAGGAGUGUGGCCGGCGGCCGCGCACCGGGGCGGCCGGCAUGCCUCGGUAUGCGCAGCUAGUCAUGGGCCCCGCGGGCAGCGGGAAGAGCACCUACUGCUCCACCAUGGUGCAGCACUGUGAAGCCCUCCACCGAUCUGUGCAGGUGGUCAACCUGGAUCCCGCAGCAGAGCACUUCAGCUACCCGGUGAUGGCUGACAUCCGGGAACUGAUCGAGGUGGAUGACGUGAUGGAGGACGAUUCUCUGCGGUUUGGUCCUAACGGAGGAUUGGUGUUCUGCAUGGAGUACUUUGCCAACAACUUUGACUGGCUGGAGAACUGUCUGGGCCACGUUGAGGAUGACUACAUCCUUUUUGACUGUCCAGGUCAGAUCGAGCUGUACACACACCUGCCUGUGAUGAAGCAGCUGGUCCAGCAGCUUGAGCAGUGGGAGUUCCGGGUGUGCGGAGUGUUCCUGGUGGAUUCUCAGUUCAUGGUGGAGUCUUUCAAGUUUAUUUCUGGCAUCCUGGCAGCUCUAAGUGCCAUGAUUUCUCUAGAGAUCCCACAAGUUAACAUCAUGACGAAGAUGGACCUGCUCAGUAAGAAAGCCAAGAAAGAAAUUGAGAAGUUUCUAGAUCCAGACAUGUACUCUCUGCUAGAAGAUUCAACGGGUGACUUAAGAAGCCAAAAAUUCAAGAAGCUGACACAAGCUGUGUGUGGCCUGAUCGAUGACUACAGCAUGGUUCGGUUCCUGCCCUAUGAUCAGUCGGAUGAGGAGAGCAUGAACAUCGUGCUCCAGCACAUCGACUUUGCCAUUCAGUAUGGGGAGGACUUGGAGUUUAAAGAGCCAAAGGAACAGGAAGAAGAGUCUUCUUCCAUGUUUGAUGAAUAUUUUCAAGAACGGCAGAAUGAGUGAGGUUGACUACACGGUGACCAUCUAUCUGAUUGUGGCCACUCAGAACACUCUUCUGGAGGAGGUGACCAUGGGAAGACGCUGCUUGUUUUAAUGUAAACAACACUGGGCUCCCCCUGGAGUGAGCCCAGAUUGUGCUCUGAGCUCUGGGACUGCUGCUUUCAGAGAUUUUAUUCUGACAGCAUCAUUUUGGAUUUAAAAAGAUCAAAGUAGCAAUUCAUACACAAAGACUUGUAUAUAAUGUAAAUCAAUCUACCCCCACAAUAUCUCUCCCGCGUGUGCGUGCGUUCGUGCGUGCGUGCGUACAUUAGGGCCAGUCUAACUUUAUUUUUACGGUUGGGUUUUUUUGUUUUGUUUUGUUUUGGUUUUUUUGAGGGGUAUUCUUUGGAUUGAUUUGUUCGUUUUUGGAGAGGUACAAUUAUUGUAACAAAAAACAUCUCCAUUUAAAUGAAAAAAAUUGGAAGGUUAUAUACAUAAAUCUUAUUUUCCCAAA